UUGACCACUGUCACUGACUUGGCAAACAAACAAAAAAACCCAAAACUCUUGCCAACAAAAGACAACAAGAGCACAGCCGGAAGUCACACCGGCGCACGCGCGGAUCUGGUUUGGAGGAGAAAGGGGGGUGACAACUAUUCUCCACUCGGCCUCGUAACCAUGAAGGUGCUGCUGGUGCUACUGGUGUUGCUGUGUUUUGCAAGCGCCGUUAGAACUCCCCGAGGAAGGAAAGGACCUGCCCAGGGAUCUGCAUCGCGACGAAAUUCGCAGCAAGCAACAUGCAAAGACAGGAACAACUUUUUGCUUCCAUCCAACGAUCUAAGAACCAAGCCUUUCAGCUUCAAGUGCCCCAGCGGUCCUGUCUUUGAAGUCAACGCCACCGCCGUGGCCGGGGAGUGCAGGGGAUACACCCAGCUCCUCCUUGCCGAGGCCAGAAGAUGCAAGUGGAAUAAAACGUGCAGUUUGACCUACAGGGGUCACCCAAUCAUAACGAUAGACAAGGACUGGUCAGGACAAUGUGUCGGCAAAACUCCGGAGUCGUUCGAAAUUAGCUUCUCGUGCAUCAAAAACAAGACGCCUGUUCUUGAUGUGUUGGGAAAUAUAUCUACAACCAACAAAGAGUCAGGGCUGGUUCGAAGCCACACGUUGUAUCCAUGGAGCUACAGAGAUGGUUCCAAGUAUGGCAUUCUAUACUUCACUCGUCCACAGAAACCCGGAAUUAAGAAUCUAUGGUUUACGGUGCAAGACUUCGGGAUACGGCACAGCGAUUUCCUGGUUCUGUUGUACACCAACUCCUCCAAGCAAAAUGUCACGAGGUUUAUCGAUGCACACGACACAACAUUUCCGGUGAAGGAUGUCUCCAAGAUCGAGAUGUUGUUUUACGCUAACUACACUCUGCAUCACUCCAUGCUCCAUGGGGAGGAGAAAGGAUUCCUCCUCUGCUUCCAAUGGCUUAAAGCGAAUGCCACUCCCAAAGGUAACUCCGUUCUGUUCGGGGAUUAUCCAAACCAAGAAAUGCGGAGAAAGUGUCAGAACAAAGGCAUCCAGCCGACGAUCAGGUAGAAGAGGAAGACGGGGUCAACAAAAAUACUGAUCCGUUGGACCAUCUUACGGGCCUUAUGUGACAACCAUCAGAUGCAAGCUUUCGUGGGGAAAAAUGUACCAUCUAGUUUUUUGACUGAAUUCUUUCAGUUUCGCCAUUCGCUGGUUAUGACAUAUGCAUGAAUAUCACCAGGCAAGUAAAUUAAGUAACCUGUCAAAAUACGGAUGACAAAGAAACCAGAGGUCGCUAAAAGUCUCGAAAACAUGACCCAGAGGGAGGAUCUGGCAAAGAGGCCAUCACUUCCAGCUGGCCAAUGCACAACCACACUGUUUUCUAGGUUCUGAUUGAUUGCAAUUUGAACAUUUUUUAGAACUCACUUUCACCUUAAACCCAAUAUUUUGCUUAUCUGAAAUCAACUGAGGCUUGCUUCCGCUCCCAUGGUGACUGGUUGCUUUUCUGGGCAGUAAAACACGCAUUAUUUUC